AUGGCACGGACGCUCAUAGAUGGGGUGCUAGCAGAGGCCAGUAAAGCGAGAAACGAGCCCGAAUCGUUAGUGAGACUGGCAAUAGAGAUGCAAAAUUGUUUAAGUGCCUUGACUCAAAUGAAUAACGAAGCUGAUUUGAACGCACGACACACCCUAGAGGCAAUAGUACGAUACCUGCCGGCUGACAUACAGCAGCGGUGGGCGGAGAAGGCGGUGAUAAUUGGCCGUAUAGGAAGGGAACCGAACUUCACCGAGCUAACGGAAUUCAUCCAAAACCGUGCCAAAGUCGCCAACAGUCGCUUCGGACAAGUCGCCAGCAUAGGUAGGCGAGAAGAGGGACAUCGUACCAAAGAACGAACCUAUGAGAUCCCGAAAGGUUACAGGAACGCAAUAACUACGCGACAGUAG